AAUCAAAAGGUAAGAAUGAAGUUCGCGUCUAUCACUUAGCCAAUCAAAGCGACCGAGGGUGGAAUUGUCGACGACCAUGUGUACUGAAACCAAACAUUGUUUUCGAUAAUAAAAAUUGGCAAUUUGGCACCAAUGGAUAUCGAUUCAAUUCCUUCUGAAAUUGACACGUAAAGUUUACUUAAUUGGAGUGAUUUCUGCUCUGCUUACUGGUACUUAAGUAAUUCUUCUAUGCAUAUUUUACGUUUUUGAGUAUGGAUAUGCACGAAGAAAAUUCGUAUGCUCUUCAAGACUCGUGUGGUGUGUUCGGGUGUAUAGCAGCUGAAAAUGUCGAUUUGACUGAUUUCGGUCUUGCUAACAACAUUUUCCUCGGCCUUCUUGGAAUUCAACAUAGAGGACAGGAGAGUGCUGGUAUUGUGACAGGUGAUGGAGAUUUAAUUUACCAACACAAGGGUAUGGGUCUUGUUUCCAAUGUGUUCAAAGAAGAAGACAUAAAGUCUAUGAAGGGGUUCAUGGGUAUUGGUCACAAUCGCUACUCAACUAUGGGCUCAUCAAAGCUAGUAAACUGUCAACCAUUUGUCGUAGAUACUGCCCAAAAUUGGAUUGCAGUUGCCCAUAAUGGGGAACUUGUCAAUGCAGAUUCAUUGCGACAGAAAGUUCUUGCAAGUAAUGUUGGUUUGUCAACAAAAUCAGAUAGUGAGCUGAUAACACAGCUUCUGUCACGACGUCCGCCAUGUGGUGAACCUGAAGGUGCAAAUUGGCGAGCAAGGAUCAAGAUGUUAAUGAACGAUACUCAAUGUUCGUAUGCUUUGGCAAUCUUGACGAAAGAUGGUAUAUUCGGUGUGCGCGAUCCAUAUGGUAACAGACCUCUUUGCGUGGGAAAAAUUCUUCGGUCGAUCGAGCAUGGUGCUAUGGAGUGUGUUGGCUGGGUCCUCUCCUCUGAAUCAUGCUCAUUCCCGUCUAUGGGAGCUGAGAAAAUGUACGACGUAGAGCCAGGUGAAAUUGUUCAUUUGACGCGAAAGGGUGUAUCGCAUCUGGAAAUCGUUCAACCUUUGCGUGCUGAGGACCCAAGUGCGUUUUGUAUUUUUGAAUAUGUGUACUUUGCACGUGCCGACACAUUCUUCGAGGGCCAGAUGGUGUAUAACGUGCGCGAAGAGUGCGGUCGACAAUUAGCUGUGGAGGCCAGAGCCGACGCGGACUUAGUGAGCACGGUGCCGGAGUCAGCGACCCCUGCAGCUAUGGGCUACGCACAAACGUCUGGCAUACCGUAUGUGGAAGUACUCACGAGAAACCGCUAUGUCGGUAGGACAUUUAUUCAACCAAGCACAAGGCUCAGGAAGCUGGGCGUGGGUAGGAAGUUUGGUCCGCUAACAGCAAAUUUUGUCGGUAAACGGAUCGUGCUUGUCGACGACUCAAUUGUUCGUGGUAAUACGAUAUCUCCAAUUAUUAAGGUGUUGCGUGAAGCUGGAGCAGCUGAGGUUCAUGUUCGCGUUGCAUCUCCUCCUGUCAAGUUUCCGUGUUACAUGGGCAUCAAUAUUCCAACCAAAGAAGAGCUCAUUGCGAAUUUCUUAUCUCCAGAUGAACUUGCAAAGCAUGUCGGGGCAGACAGCCUUGCUUAUUUAUCCAUCGAAGGGCUGCACAGCGCUGUACGCAAGGGAAUUCGCUCGAACAACAACAAGCAAUAUGGGCAUUGUACAGCAUGUUUGUCGGGAAAAUACCCUGUCGAGCUAGAAUGGUAGUCUUAGGCAUGUGUAUGUUUUAAUGUCUUUGUCCGUGGUAAUGGUAUUUAUUUUGUGAGAUUUUUUUAGUGUGUUUGUUCAUUUGUUUGAAUCAGUCGCAGUUUUAGAAUAAUAUUCCAAAUUUCACAUGAACAUUUUUGGGAUGCUCUAUAGCUGUUCUUAAUUCAAUGAAAUGCUAGUCUGCAUUAACCUGAGGUAUAUGACAUAGCCGUAUCACAAACAAUCUUAAUGAUCAGUUUACGCAAAUGUUUGUUGCUAUGUAUACUUAUAAAACGUUUCACUCUGAUAAAAGUUCUAGACAGAUAUAAUAAGGUUCUUAAAAUUGGUCUGUAGCAGACGUCUGUAUCAAACUUAAAUCUUGCGUAUAACACUACUGCAACAUUUUUAUCCGUCAAUAUGUUGUCUUAGCAUCUUCUUUGUUUGCAUGUUCUAUAAAUUAUUUUCGAUUAUUGUGUUUUUUUUCAUCAUUUGUUGUAUGAACAUGUUUAUGUGAUUGAUCAA